AUGCGGGCUCUGCUGGCGCUGCUGGCGGCCCUGAGCUGCGCGGGGCGGGCGGGGGCCGGCGGCGGCCUCAGCUCCAACGCUAUCAAGGUGGGGGCGGCCGCCAGCGCCGCCCCCGCCGCCGCCGCCCCUGCGCCCUUCGACGGCAGCAACAAGGCGCCUCCGGCCGCCACCCGGCAGCCCUUCCCCUGCUCCGAGGACGAGGACUGCGGCCCCGACGAAUUCUGCGGAGGGGCGGCCCGCGGCGGCGGCCCCCCGCUCUGCCUCGCGUGCCGGAGACGCCGCAAGCGCUGCUUACGCGACGCCAUGUGCUGCCCGGGCACGGCCUGCAGCAACGGGCUCUGCACGCCCCCCGAGCCCCCGCCCGGCGUUCCCGAGCUGGACGAACCCGGCCCAGAGGCGCUGCCCCGACGGACGCCCGCGCCCGCCUGGCCGCCCGACGCCAAAGGUGAGGAGGGCGACUUCUGCCUGCGGUCGUCGGACUGCGCAGCGGGGCUGUGCUGCGCCCGCCACUUCUGGUCCAAGAUUUGCAAACCCGUGCUGCGCGAGGGGCAGGUGUGCACUCGGCACCGCCGGAAAGGAGCCCACGGCCUCGAGAUCUUCCAGCGCUGCCCCUGCGCCGAGGGCAUGGCGUGCCGCCCGCAGCGCGACCGCGGCGGUCCCGACGCCUCCCGCCUGCACACUUGCCAGCGGCACUGA